AUGGGCUGCUUCACAUUUGCCAAAUUUACGAUGGUUGUGAUCAACCUGCUUAUUUUGGUGGGAGGUGCAUCUCUGGUUGCUAUAGGGACGUGGGUGCUUAUUGAUGGAAGUUCCUUUAUCAAAUUUUUGGUACCGUUUAUGACAAAUUACACAAAGCAUGCCAAUGUUCCAGUCUUCUUCAUCUGUUUGGGAUCGGUUAUGGUUCUGUUAGGCAUACUGGGAUGCUGUGGAGCUCAAAAAGAGAGCAAAUGUCUUCUUAUAAUGUUCUUUUCCAUCAUCAUGAUCAUUUUCAUUUCUGAGAUGGCAGCCGGGAUAGUUGCCCUGGUCUAUUCCAGUGAUACUAAGGAAAUCUUAAGGAACUGGGCCUUACCUGUAUUGAAGAAGUAUGGAAAAGAAGAAGUGUUCACAGACUUGUGGAACUCAACCAUGACAACAUUAAGAUGCUGUGGCUUCAACAACUACACAGACUUUUCUGAAUCUUACUUCUAUGAGCAAAAUGGUCGUCUUUACCCUCCAACCUGCUGCAGAACCCCUGCAGGGUAUCCAUGUGUUGAGGAAAACGCCUUUUUCAGUCACGUCGUGGGAUGUUAUAAAAAAAUAGUUAGUGGCGUCCAGAUGAACAUCAACCUUGUUAGUGCCGUGGCAAUUGGAGUCACGGCCAUUGAGUUGGCAGCGAUGGCCUUGGCCAUUUAUCUCUACUGCUACUUGGAUGAUAAAGCCACAUGA